AUGGCUUCUUCUUUCUAUUUACCUAUCCCGAAAAAAGUGUCGGUAAAACAAGCGUGUGGUGGCACACCGGAUUACGAACUCACACUGCUACCCGGAUGGUUGGUUUUUUCCGCGGAUAACCACUACACAAAAGCACAAUAUGCUCAUUUUAUGAUUCAGAACAAUGAAUCAGUUCCAGUUGUCUAUCGGAUUAGGACUAAGGACGAUUUUGAGGAUCGUUCAUUUCCACAAUUUUCUUAUUGCCAUGGAUAUUUAUCGCCAAAAGGCAGCGAUGAACUGACAAUAUUCAUCCCGGCCAAAGAACAUUGGCCCCGUGAAGUGAGCGACUUUGCCGGAAGACGACAUAAAGUGCUCAUCGAACACCUCACCGUACCUAGCAGUACCACUCCACCAAUAAAUGCCAGUAAAAUGCAUAAAAAUUCUCAACACAUAGUGAACUGCUGGUUUGCUAAGUCGCCAAAAAACUGUUUACAGGCAGCUGCAGAUUUGUCUCGUAUAAUAUUCAAAUUCACGCCUGCGCUAACCCGAACAUACUGCAAAUUAAAUUUUAUUCUACCGAAAUUACUGACUGGAACAGUACAAACUGAACGCAGCAAUAAUCAGCCAAGUGAAGUCUCAACCCCUUCAAAGUAA